AUGCCCAUGGAUUCGAAACCUGACAUAUUCACUUAUGCGGAUUUCAAUCUCCAGGCUCUAUGUCGUCAAGCGAGCGCGCUGCGGCAGGGCAUCUCAUGUGCUUGUAAUCCAGAUCAACGUCCCGCCUCGGGAACAAGUGAAGCUGCCAUCCUCCGAUACCUCAAAGUUCAUAGCGAUAUCCCAGUUCCAGAAGUAUACAACUAUUGCACCUCACCUAAUAAUGAUAUUGGUAUUCCGUUCAUCUUCAUGAGCAAAGCGUCUGAAUAUGAGAUUUUCAAAGUCAAGGAAUGCCUCUCUCGUGGUCAUAUGCUGCAUGAACAAUAUUCUUUAGACAUUCCACGUGGGCCUUUCACUUCUGAAGCAGGGUUCUAUGACAGUCUUGGUUCCGCGUUCUCCGGACAUACAGAGAUUCUGCCUCUAUCGCAUCAUUGUUUUAUAGCACCUGUUCCACGUCGGGACGACUACCAAUCCAGCAUGCAAUAUAAGAGCGCGGUGAACCUGUGGAACGACUUCAUGGCUGUUAGGAAUAAAAUUAACUCGUCGGACAACAGACUGGACUACAUUAUUAUAGGUAAUGCUCUACACGAUAUUGUACGCCGAAUUAAUCUCCCAGCUGUUGAUCCAGAGUCAUUUCCAUUGUGCCACGCUGAUCUGAGCGUCAAUAAUAUAUUUAUUAACAAAGAUUACAACAUCACCUGCAUUAUUAACUGGGCAUUCACUUCGACCGUUCCUGAGUCUUUACUAUUAGCCGCGCCAGAUGGCUUUAUUACUGCGGUGUCCAAGUUGGUGGAAGAGACUGAUCAUGAUUUCUUUACUACUGUCUGGCACUUCAUAUAUGGUUAUAAAAAGGAACUGGGUCAAUAUUUUUUACAACAGCGGCAUUCACCUCACUAUAUGAAGCUUUACAACAAAGUUCGAAAGGAGGAUCAGGCACCUUCGAAAGUUGAGAAAGAUGAGAAAGAUUAUUUUCAGAACAAGGAUUUCCAAAACACAAUAGCUAAGAAGCUGACCUUCGUGUCUGAAUGGAACACACAAUAUACCGCCAAUAAUCCACCAAGACUUCGAAAAGAUAUGUUUGUCGCUUCUCCCACAUUAUGGAAGUGGAUUCAGCAAGCUAUGCAGGAUUGGGAAGACAUGCCUUGA